GGAAACCCCCAAUCUUUCCUGUCAGUUGGCGCCCCGCAGAAACGAAAAAUAAUUGUUUGGCUAUUCUCAAGAUUUUGCUUUCCAAUGCCCAGUUCGGAAAAUCGUUCAAAGUCGAAUGAAAACUAUCUGCCCCAUCGACCGGAACUGGCUCAGCACAACUCGAGGAAGCAUCAGAAAAACUAUGGCACCAGCACUUCCAAAGACUGCAUCUCUUCAACCUCCUCGCAGCAGAGAGCGGUCAUCUACUGUGUCCACGGGAAGCUAGCACAAUCUUGCUGUGAUCUGGAGGCAGCCGAUGAACUGAAAAUCGAAAGACGACUUGAAUCACACUGUCACCGGCCGCGGGCUCACGGAAUCGAUAAAAUCGCCAGGAAGAAAUUAAUUCUGGCCAGCAUCCUCUGCGUGGUGUUCAUGAUAGCGGAGAUAAUAGGUGGCAUUUUCUCCAACAGUCUCGCGAUAGCAACAGAUGCAGCUCACUUAUUGGCUGACUUGGCGAGUUUUAUGAUAUCGUUGUUCGCGCUCUGGAUUGCCGCAAGACCAUCUACUAAGAGAUUGUCGUUUGGAUGGUACCGGGCCGAGGUUAUUGGGGCACUGACGUCGGUGCUGAUGAUUUGGGUUGUGACGGCAAUCCUGUUCUACAUGGCUGUGCUGAGGAUUAUUAAUGGAGAAUUCGAACUGAACGGGGGCGUGAUGCUGAUCACUUCCGGUGUGGGCAUUUUGGUGAAUGUUGUGAUGGGCCUCACGUUACAUCAGGGCCACGGCCAUUCAUCAUCCUCAUCACCCAACAGCAGCAGCCACUCGCACGGAUUCUUCAGCGGUCACGGCCAUGGCCACGGGGGCUCAGGAUCUCAGGACAACAUCAAUGUCCGGGCUGCGAUGAUUCAUGUGCUGAGCGAUUUCGUGCAAAGCCUCGGGGUGUUUAUUGCAGCCCUAGUUAUCUAUUUCAAGCCGGAGUGGAACAUUAUUGAUCCCAUCAUAACGUUCCUGUUUUCAAUUUUGGUGCUAGCCACAACGAUUGCCAUCAUGAAGGAUGCUUUACUGGUCCUGAUGGAGGGCACCCCCAAGUUCCUGGACUACACGGAAGUGAUGCAAACGUUCCUGCAGAUCGACGGUGUCGUCCGGGUGCAUAAUUUACGAAUCUGGGCCCUCAGCAUCAACAAGAAUGCGCUGUCGGCUCAUUUGGCAGUCGAAAAAAACACAAACACGGAAGCGGUCCUCCAGCAGGCAACGAAAUCGGUCCACGCCAAGUACGACUUCUUCGAAACUACUCUGCAAAUUGAGGAAUUCCAAUCGGAUAUGGAAGACUGUCACCAGUGCUCGAAUCCAGCUUAGGAACGAGGGAAGGUUUCGAGGAAAGGGAAAAAAGAAGCUUCAAACCAUUCCAAUCCUCAUUCAUUAGAUUUUGUUAGCGAUAAUUUGUUAGAAGCAGUGCUUUUUCCCGAAUUUCAAUUCUCUACAAAGAAUCUAUUUUGUAGCUUGUUGGAAAAUAAAAAUUACAAGUAAGAUAUG